AUGACAAUUAAACCUAUUUCACCCGGUUUAAAGUAUAAAAAAAUUUUAAGAAAUCAUCUGUUUUCGCCUGGAUAUCCGGUUCCAAUCCCUAGUCUGGAUUUGCAACAAACUAGCUGGACUCAUAAAAACUCACAUGAUGUUCAAAGAAUCGUUGGUAAAGGAAAAGGUCAACCAUUACCAAGUAAAGUAGAACUUAAUCCCAAAGAUGGUUCAUCAGAAUCUAUUACGAAACCGAAUAUUUCAAAUGUUGAAAAGGCAACAGUAUCUCAAGAUUAUGAUCAACAAUCAACAUUGGAAAAACCUGAACCAGAAAAAAAAAAAAGAGGUUAUAAAAUAAAUCGAGGUACUCAACCAGGAACAGAUGAUAAAGUAAUUGAAAAUGUAGAAAAUCUAGAUUCUCCAACCAUCAAUAAAGAAGUUGAAGAAGAAAGAAUAUUUCCUGCCGAAACUGAAACCCAGAAACAAGGUCAUCAAGAAGGAGCAAAAGUUAAUUUAGCAGAAGAUUCUUUACCAGGUUGGACAUCUAAAGAAAUGGUUUAUCAAAUUGCAAGGGAAAAUGUAUUAGGUGAUAGAAUUACUGCACUAAAGGUCAAACUAGUUAUGAGAUUAGACACGCUAAAUAGUUAUUUAAAAAAAAUAAAGUAUACUAUAUUAUAUCAUAUAUAUCCCUUUAAUUUACCACGUGAUUCGCAAAAAAUAUUCAUCACACAAUAUUCAUCACGCAAUAUUCAUCACGCUUCUAGUAUACACCUAAUUCAUUUUAUUAAAUAUCUGUUUUAA